CCCCCUCGGGGCCUCCGAUGAGCCGCGCUCUCCAGGCCAUCUGCGUGCGGCAGCUCACCUGCUACGGGCUCCUGCUGCUCCAGCUCUACGCGGCGUGGGCGAGAGGCCAGCUCGUCGGCCACCCCUCGGUCGGCGCGAGCCUCGCGGGCCUCUGCGCCGGUUGCGUCGGCGUCGCGUGGCGCUCGCGGCCGGCCUUUGCUCAGCUGAUGGCCCCCGUCGCUUUGCUCCACCUCGUGAUUGCCGCGCUGCACGCGCUGCCUCUGCUGCGGUGGGCGGCGAGGCAGCGCUUCGGCUUCCUCGGCCUCGCCGUCCCCGCCCUGCUCCACUUCGUCGCCGCCGUCCUCGCCGCCAUGGGGCUGCAGGCGGCCGCGAGCGCCGGCGCCGUCGCCGCGCGCCGCGUCGAGCGGAGAGAGCCGCCGGCGCCGUUUUCGCGCUCGCUCACCUCGCCGCGCCGAGCGCCGGCGCUGGUGGGGCGGGGGCAGGCGGCGGCCGUGCACAGGGCGCCGCCGAUGCCGCCCCUGCCGCAGGCAGACCCUCGGAAGGCCUCCUGACGCGCCUGACAACGUCUUGUGAUCUUGUCUUUGGCGCGUGGUGGCCACCGGCUAGCCAUCAGCGGCGACCGACCGACCGGAGGCGAGUGCGUCCGGCGUGCUCUCUGAAGAGCUGUGCUGUGAGCGUGAGGGUCCGCCCGCAGGCGCAUUUUGGAUCCCGAGGCGGUGCCCGGAAAACGCCUUUUUUUCCUGAGCCCUGUUACGCACAUCCAGGGCCCUAUGUGCGCGCGCCGAGCUUUGGUCGUCGUCAGCGGAGCUGCGGUCAGCGCCGUCGGCGUGACGGUCUCCUGUCCAGAGUGCAGAGACGCCAAAAUGCUUAGGGGACGCGGGGGGGUUACGGCUUACGGGGGUUUCUCCGCUGCGGAGUCGUGCGUGCGCGGGGCUCCUCUUUGCGAAUACUCCCUACAUAC